CGUUGCGCAAGAAUCCAGCCUCACUUCCUUCGCCUUCUUCAACAUUUUGCUCACCUUUCUCCUUAUGCUGAAAAACACCGUCUGAGUUACUCGUUCGGAUUCCAUCUUCGGCGACAUGUCUUGGUACCGAAGAACUAAGCUCCUCCUCGCAAACUCCAGGAGAAACAUCAUAAAUCCUCUGAGGAUUUCCCCCGAAUCUCCGUCUUCCAAUGCUUUCCCGAGAAUUCAUCGGAAUGGGUCUUCGAAUCUAUCAGUUAAGUUUUCUGGGUUCUCGAUAUUUUCACGCAGAUUAGGUUUAAGGUUGUGUAACUCUCUAGGAAAUACGAACAUCAAUGCCUGUAACCGGUUUCUGGGCAUUCCCAAGAAGUUUGGCUGCUUUGAUCGUCACCAGGUUCAUCCUUUCAAGCCACCGGAACCGAGACGGUGGUUCCAAACCCAGCGGCCAUAUUGGCGGCGGUGCUUGGGGGGUCAGGGGUUUUGGUCACCGUGUAUUGUAAGAAUCUAGAGACUGUUCCUUACACGAAACGGAGGUAUUUCGUUCUUUGGUCGAAAUCGAUCGAAAAAUGGGUUGGAGAAUCUAGGUUUGAGAUGAUAAAAUCCGAGUCCAAGCGGAAAAUACGCCCUGCGGAUCACCCUGAGAGCAUUAGGGUUAAAAUUUGUCGUGAAGGAUAUCAUUGAAGGGUUGCAGAGAAGUUUGAGCCUGGAGUGUGUGCGGUAUGCGUCCAUGGAUAGUAUCUGUAUGGACAACGACAGUGUAUUCAAGGAUACGGCAGUGGGACUGAGUGAGAACUGUGGCAAAGGGACAGUGAGUUGGUUGAAGUUGUCUGAAGAAGAAGAGAUUAUGGAUGAUAUAUGGAUUCAGCAAAGCAGGAAGAAGGGUAAAGAGAAAGGAUCACAACCCUCGAUUUCUCACCUCGAGGGGUUAAAUUGGGAAGUUCUCGUGGUUGAAGGACCGAACGCUAAUGCAUAUUGCUCGUCUUCUGGGAAGUUAGUGGUAUACACUAGUUUGCUGGAACAUCUCAAGACAGAUGUAGAGAUUGCCACCGUGAUCGGACGUGAGAUCGGUAGUGUCGUUGCCCGACACAAAAAAAAAUUGAAGUUUUUAACCAUCGACCCGGACCGGAAGCGAACCCGAAGACGAAUAAACACAUGCAUGCUGAUGAUCGAUUCACAAUUCAAGUACAUCCCGUACAAGAACCUAGUAUAUCUCGGUUAUUCGGUAUCACACAACCUUGAAUCUAAGAUAUUCACCCUUAUCCACUCCACACGUUUAUUCUCAAACGCCAUCGGUACUUGCGGGCUAUGUCCCGAUUCACUUGAUACCUCUCCAACCGACCAUUCGCCGUGGAAUUACUAA